AAGGACGAUAGGACAAUAUAUUCGUUGAUCGUUGAUCGUUGAUCGUUGAUCCGGUUGAUCGUAAGAUUCAUAAGUCGCGCGCGACCGACAACUAGAAACUCGCCGUAAAGAACAAGGGUAAACAGGGUAAAGUUUGUGUCCGCACGUUCAUCACGGUACGGGUCUACGAGUCGUUAACGAAAGUUAAUUAUAUGUAUAUUUGGCAGCCGUCGCGGUUCGAUAGAAGCAAAAAAAACAGCGAAUAAUACUUAUUUUAUGAAUUAACAGACAAUUAUAAUGAGAACAAUUAGAACUCGGAUGCCAGAAUUGGUGGUUACUUCUAUAGCACGUGCGACUGAGUUGUAUACAGUUAAUAUACUGCGUUGGAACAAGGUCUACGAGAAAAUCAAACAAAUAAUGAUAAAACAUUGAACGAUUUGACUAAUUUAACUUUCGAUGUUGAAAAAAUGGAAGCUAUAAGGUCUGUGUAUAUUGGCAAACGAACUUCAAAUCGAAAUAUAUCUAAAUUUAGGUUCGAAAACUGUGAUAACACUAAAAUUUCAGAUAUGAUUCAAGUUAAGCAAAAAACAAUAAUUGAAAGUAAUUUAAGAAUGGCUACACGUAUUCAUCGUAAUUCAAAGAUGUAUUCUAAUCAUAGUACUUGUUCGUCUACCGAAGUAUUAAAGAAACAUCAGAACGAAGAUUGCACUAUAUUAAAUGUAACGCAAUGCCAAAGAAACUUAUACGAUAUUGUUAAAAAACAUCCGAGAAAAAAGUUUCUAGAAUUACAAAAUAACGAGAACGUUACACAGACUAUUUCACAAUCAAAUUUUCAAAAUUUGGUCGAUUCAAAAUUUCAAGACGAUUGUAAUAUUUUGAUGAACUUUGAAAAGGACGGUGUAUGCGGAAUUAGUAAACCUGUUAUAAAAAAGUCAAGAAAUAAUACUAACAGAAUACUACAAAAUAGUACUAACAGAAUACUAAGAAAAAGAAAGAUUAUACGAUCGGAUCAUAGCAUUAGAACAGUGAGAAAAACAUAUUUUAAGAAAACUGUAAGAAAAAGGAAGUUGAAAAAUUUGUCCCAUAGCGUAGUACAAACAAGGAAAAAUGAUGACGAAAUAAAUAGAGGCCUAAUAACAUCCAGAAAUUUUAUAGAUUGUAAAAAAUUGAUAAUACCUUUAGUUAGAAUAGAAGAUCAUGCAUUACACGAUAGAUUACUGCUUACAAAAACUUGUAAUCGUAUUGAAAAUGAAAGAGAAUAUCAGGAAGUAAAAAGGCCACAUUAUCAUUUAAGAAAGGACACUAUGCGAUUGCGAAGUUCCGUAAGCAAACGGUACAGAAGAAUCGACAUAAAAGAGAAUAAAAAACUGAAUAUAGAGAACGAAAAUUUGAAAAAAUUUAAAGACCAAAAGACACAUUCGAGCCAUGUAUUUGAAAAAGAAAUAAAGAAUACACGUCUAACCGAAGAGGAGGUUAAUACAAAUUUGAAAGCUGUCGAGUUUGCUUCGACGAGUCAAUUGAUUAAACAAAAAUUGAAAAGAAAUAAAACAGAAAAAAAAUCGUUUGAACGUGAGAUUUUGAAUUUGCCUAAGAUAAAUUCUAUAACCGAAUCGAUGUGUUCUCAAGUAAAUGACAUCGAACAUACGAUGAAUAUGUCUCUGGACGAAGCAAAUGAUUUUUCGAUUUCGAUUUCAGACCAACAAAAUAAUGGUCCGCUCGGUUCAGACGAUGAAUCAGAAUUUAUAGAGAAACGCAUAAAUUCUAAUGAAAAUUACAUAGAAGAGAUUGAUAGAGAAGUUAAUAGUAUGGAACUGAAAGGAAACAUUUUAAAAUUCUUUCUAAGACAUAAAUCAAAUAUAGUAAAGAAUGGGAGAAAAAGGAACUCGAAAGCUAACGAUUCAAAAACUUUUCAAAAUAACGACACGAGAAAAAGUGUUGCAAUGUGUAUUAAAUGUAAGCAAGUUUUCAAUCUUUUGCAACAAUUUUCAGAUAAAAUAAAUUUUCUAAAAGAUGAAAAAUUGUGCAUCGAAUGUACACUUUGUAACGUAGAAAUUAAUUUGCUGUCUGAUUUUCAACAACACGUUAUGGAUAUACAUUUUCCAUGUGAAAGAAAUUCACAAACUACGAAAAACUCAUUUGCAGUUGAAAUUGUUAAUCUUGACGAACAAUUGAAUAGUAGUUGUAAUAAUAAUAACGACAGCUGUAGCAGUAACGUAAGUAAUGAUCAACGUAUUUUCGAAUGUUGUUGUUGUUCGAAAGUAUAUAAACGUAUGAAAUGGUUUAAGAAACAUAUUGAAAACGUGCAUCCCAAUUUGGAUAAAUCGAAAUGGAAUUCCGCGACUAACACAGAAAACUAUCAAGGGAAAGAAUUCAUUGAAAGUUCCGAAAUGUAUAGGAAACAUAAAACUGAACAAGUAGUCGAUAAAACGUAUACUUUAAAUAAAAAUCCCAUCGCUGACAUUACAAAUAAUUUAACUGAGAUUUCUAAUCAACAAGAAACAAAUGUUAUAAAAACACAUAAUCGCGUACAUGAAUAUUGCUAUAAUACGGAAGAAAUAAAUUUACAGAAUAAUAAUAGUUCAAUGGUAAGGGUGGGUGUGAAAAGAAAGAUGAGCGAGAUGAAGCAUUCGAAUAUUACUAAAAUUACCAGAACCUCUAAAUUGGAAAACGAGAUAAAAAAUUUAAAUAACGAAGAAAUAAAUUCAGACUUUAGCAAUCUUGAAAAUAUUUCACUGAUCGCUACUUCCGAAUUUACAAAUUUGACCAAUAUUCAAAUAAACAAAAAGGAUACACGAUCAAAACCGGUUCAUGGAACUUCUCCAUAUGCCUGUAAUAUUUGUUCGAAAAGUUAUAAGAAAAAACGCGCAUUUUUAACGCACAUGACGGAACAUAAAACAAGUAUGAAUACCAAUACUGGCGAGAGCGAAGAAGAAAAGAUGGAGAACAUUUUCGAAGAUAGUAAUACGAUUAAGCUUAAAGACGACAUACUUUUACCAAAUAUAACAAAUUUAAAUAUUAAUACUGGUGCGAACGAAGAAGAAAAGGUAGAAGAAAUUGUGAAAGCUAGUAAUAUAAUUAAGCUUAAAGACAACACACUUUUAUCAAAUAUAUAUGCAAGAGAUUCGCAAGAUUAUUUUAACAGUUACAACAGAGACUGUAAUGUAUUAAAUUCUAUUGCUAAAGUAAUUAACGAAAAUGCCGAACACGCGAUCGAAGAAGAAAAUAUUAUGCUUGAAACGGGUAGUGUAUUUAAUUAUAAUUACAUAUUAUACGUUAACUUUACACAGAAAGUAAGACAAGGUAUAAAAAAACAAAAAUUGAUUAAAUUUCACAUAAAUAUAGCAAAGAAAUAUAAAAUGGAUAACACUGGACAAGAAAUAAUAGGUAACGAGAUCGAAGAUAAAUUUAUACUAAAUUGUGCAACGAACACUAAUUUUACGUUCAAUAGAUACAAAGGCGACGUUAUAAUCCAUCUGCCAAAAAAGAUAUACUGCAAUAUAUGCGAUAGGAAAUUUAAUUCUGAAAGAAUACUAAAGGAGCAUAUGUUUUUCUUACAUGAUUCCGUUUUUAAAGGUCGCGAGUUAUCAAAUUUAUUUACGCCAUACUUUAAUGAAUAUUACAAAGAGGAAAAUGUGUCCAUAGAAGAUAUUAAUUUGUACAGGACGAAAUAUAAUAUUUCGUAUAAUAGAUUAUGUGAAAUGGUUAGCAAAUGCGAUCUAAAUAAAAAGCAUAGAAAGUGGCGUUGUAAUCCUUGCAAAGAAAAUUUUGCGCUGAUCAGGAACUACCUGCGUCACAAAUAUUAUUGUCAUAAUGACAAAUCUGUAGUGCAUAUUUGCGAUAAUUGCAACAAAGUUCUUACUUCCGUGGCAAUGGUGAAUAUUCAUAUGUGUAUCAAUGUUACCUCUUGGAAUUGUAACAGAUGUAAUCUGAAAUUCAUCAAUAGCGUAUCCUUAACACAGCACAAUAUAAAUUAUCAUUUAGAGAGCGUAGGUCCACAUAUAUGUGAUUUGUGCAAAUUAAGUUUUCUUACAAGAUACAUGCUGGACAAACACAAACGUAUACAUUCGAUAACCGGUAAUUACGGCAAUGCGAACAAUUCCGUAGAUUAUUUAUCUACAGGCACAUCGGUAGAACGUAAUUUACUUUGUAGUGUAACCGAUACAACAAGCACUUCCGGCACUGUUGUAAUCCCCAAAGAAAAAACUUCAAUGUUUAAUGAAAAAAUUAUUACAUUCUUGAACGAAAGUAUAAAAAAUUUAAAUGUAUUAAAUGAAGCAGUUGACUCGUCCUUGGAAACAGAGAUUGAUUUUACUGGUGUAUCUUUAGUAUGCAAUGAUGAUAAUAUGUUGAAAUGUAAAUUUUGUAACGUGGCAUGUAUUACAAAUGUACAAAUGAAAUUUCACUUGGAAAACUUGCAUAGUAUUAAAGUAGAGGUAUGCAGACUUUGUAAUGGUCUAUGUACUAUGGAUGAAUUAACAAAACAUUUAAUAUAUCGUCAUAUAGUAUUUGACGAGUUGGAUUUAAAAUUAAUUAAUGGACAAAAAUUGGAAGAUUCACAGAACAGUACAGUGGGAUUUCUUGGACUGAAACGCUUAAUAUCUCUUUAUGAAUAUCAACGGUUCGAUGGUAUUACAGAAAAUAAAUGUUUUAAUUGUGUAACAUGUUCAAAGGAAUUCACUAACGUCGAGCUUUAUAAAAUUCAUCAUUUGAAAUGUCACGAUAAAAUAUGUUUAUUGUGUAAUAUAGAAUUUAAAUACAGUUUUCAAGCACUAGAGCAUAAAAUUAAGAUUCACAUAUCAUUUGAGAUAUAUCUUUGGGUAGUAAAAAAAAUAAUUUCAUCUAUUCUGCAAUCUAACAAAUAUGGAAACACUCUGGAAGAUGUCAUAUUACAAUAUAGCGAAAGAAAAAUACACGAUAACGAAAAAAAUUUUACAAAUUAAAUACCGACCAGAUAUUAAUUACAGCACAGUCCUCCUUCUCUUAUACAGACAAUUAAUCUUCAAAAUAAGUGAAAAUGUAUAAAUACGAUAUAUUGGAGAGAGAAUGGUGUAGAUCAGUCUUGAGUUAAACAUGUUAUUCCCAUUCUCUGGAGACUGACAGUAUUAAAUUUCAAAUAUAAUACUUAAUAAUUCAUAUAAUAUUAAAAACUAUGUUUACAGACUUUAUGGAACAUUCUGUUUAUUCAUAGUUGCAUUUUCUUUAUUUAUUUCCGCGUUUCUAAUUCUAUUUGCAAAGCACACCACCACCACCACCACCACUACCGUGUAUCAUCGUUCCCCUAAUUAUUUGAUCAAAUUUUUGUUAGAUGUAUCUAUCAUCAUUGUAAAUUAAAGUGACCUUAACGAACAAAAUGAACAAACGUACCGAAAACAUUGAAAAUUUAAAUAAUUUGUAUAAAUCACGGGAUGGAAAUUUUCGGGAAACUGUGUAGUAGAGUGAAGUAAAA